AUGGCGGCCAACGGUGAUCAUGGCAGAGGAGGAAGCUUGGUUGAUGCAUCAGGGUACAAGUUUGCGGACAAGGAUACGAAACCCGGGAAGAUCAAAUUGAAGAAGCCGAUCAAGUCGGCAAAGGCUAAGAAAGAUGAUGCCCGACCCGCAGCUUCACCCAACGCAUCCCCCAUUCUCCCCGGUCUAGACGAGAAAACGAUGGCGGCAUUUCCGACGGGCAAACCGCGCGAAGAAGACCAUAUCGAAUCAGUGAUCUGCAAGACGUGCAAACGGCCGAUCUUGAAGCAGGCUGCAGUCGACCACAUCCGCGGCUGUUUGAAGGCGAAGCAAGAAAAGGCGCGCAAGAAGAAGGAGGCGCGCGAUGCGGCAAACCGGGCGAAGGAGAAGAUUGACGGGAAGGACGACGAUGACGACAAGGAUGGCGACGAUGCGAUGAAGGGGCAGAAGAGUGCCAAAAAGAGUGCAGUCAAGGGGAUGGCGGAGGACGGGACGAAGAAGGGGAAGAAGCGGAAGACGGACGAGGAUGAUAAGGAUAAGGAGCCGAAGAAGAAGAAGAAGAAGGAGGAGCCGAAACCCAAGGUGCCCAAGCCCAAGGGGCCAGUAGAUGUUGAGAAGCAGUGCGGUGUGACGUUGCCGAAUGGAGCUCAGUGUGCGCGGUCGUUGACUUGUAAGAGUCACUCGAUGGGUGCGAAGCGCGGUGUUCCUGGUCGGUCGUUACCGUAUGACAUGUUGUUGCAGGCGUAUCAGAAGAAGAACCAGGCUCGGCAGCAGAAGGCCGCUAUCGAUGCCAAUGCUCCAUUACAAGACGACAUGGACAACAAUGGCCCCGUGGACUCGGACGAAGAAAAAGACAACGUCAUGGCCGCUAUUGGCCGUUCCAACCCUCAGCCACUGGCCACCCAUGCGGUCAUCUCGACCAGGAACAAAUAUCGCUAUGUCCGCAUUAAAGAGAUGUUAUCCCAUGCCCUGGGCGGUGCCCGUGGCGGUGGACUCUUCUCCACUGGGGAUAAUGCCCCAGUAGACGGGGAAAACCUAUUUCAACCAGAUGAUUCUAGUCUGCUGGACUCCCCCUUCGCCAACGGGGUUGCGGAUAACGCUACAGCUACUGAUGCAGCAAAUGAUCAAUCUUCAGUGCCAGUGCCUGCGAAUUCGAUAACUGCAACUUCCUAA